UCCACCUGUCAUACUGUAUGUAUGUAUCUGCUAACGAGAUGUUCAAAGAUCAGCCCAUAUACAAUAGGGAGAGCCAGGCCUCUUUUGACAUCAAUUUGGGAUCAUUUCCCCAAAUGAUACUGAUACAACAAAUGAGAGGUGACAGAAAUACCAGCUGGGGAUUUCAUUGGCUGAUGUCAGAAUCCUGGCACCUAGUACCGAAGGCCACAGGAGCAUUGUGGUGGGGUGGCUGGGUCAGAGGAGAAAAUAAUACUGUUUAAAAACUGGUGCUACCUUAUCUGAGCUUUCCCUGUGACGUGUCAUUCCAGGGUAGUCUUUGGCUCACGUGUGAAUACGACCCAUAAAGAACUUGGCCACAUGACCCAUGUUGCACGUUUGCUGGUAGGUGGAAUGGGACAGUCAUGAAUGGUGAUGCCCUUUGCCAGGAAUCUUCCUCCCAGCUUCCUGACUGGAGGGAAUUCUGUGAGCUCCAUGCCCAGGCAGCUGCCGUGGACUUUGCUCAGAAGUUCUGCCAGUUCUUGAAGGAGAAUCCCCACUACGACACCCCAGGGGCUGAGACCUCCUUUUCCCACCACUUUGCUGCCAAUUUCUUGGACAUCUUCAGCUUGGAGGUCAGCAGGGUAUUUGUGUCUGACUCCCCGACCAAAUACAACAUCGUGCCCUUUGUGGGGCUCCAGAACUGCCACAUGCCUUACGGGAGAGACAUCAUACAGAGAAAAGAGGAGACCUCCACAGAAUCCUUGGACAGCAUGGACAACCCAGUCAGCUCCAGCAGGUAUCUGAGCCAGUCGCAGCAGGCUCAGGCACACAAAGUUUCUUCCUAUGGCCACUCUCGCAGCUCGGAGGAUGUGUCUGUACAUGCCACCUCCAAGCCAAAGUUCAAGAAAGGCUUCUCCUUGAGGAACAUGAGCUUGUGUGUGGUGGAUGGUAUGAAGGAGAUGUGGCACAGGAAGUCUUCUCCAGAGCCAGGCAUAGAGGCUACACAGAGUAGCAGGAGGUCAGACAGAGAGCACUGCCCUUCUGGGAACAAGGAGCAUAACGACACCAGGGAGAGAUGGACGCACAAGCUGCGGCUGUCGAAGGUGCAAUCUUCCAAGGUGGAAUUGGUGGACAUUCAGAGGGAGGGCACCCUCCGCUACAUGGUUGCAGAUGACACGAACUGCGUUGGUAGCUCUCAGUGGCAGAAGUGUCGGUUGAUGUUAAGGAAAGCGGUGAAGAUGGAGGGGGAGAGGUUCUUGCUGGAGUUCUACGUACCUCCAAAGGCUUCAAAGCCGAAGGUCAGCAUCCCGCUCUCGGCCAUCAUCGAAGUCCGGACAACGAUGCCUCUAGAAAUGCCAGACAAAGACAACACUUUUGUCCUGAAGGUGGAAAAUGGUGCUGAGUAUAUCUUGGAAACCAUUGACUCCCUCCAGAAACACUCCUGGGUCGCAGAUAUACAGGACUGCAUCGAUCCUGGGGACAGCGGAGAUGAUAUUGAACUUGCCUCCUGUGCCCAGGGAGCCUGUCUGCCAGGCAGGAUGUCCUCCUGCAGCUGUGAAUUUCUGUCUGAUGACGUGCACAGGCCUUCAGACAGAUGUACUAUGCCUCCCCUCCACAAUGCUGCCCCACCUGCUGCCACAGCCACCAUCAUCUCAGGACCACACGGCAGGGUCAGGGACUCCUCAGGGGAGCAUCUGACUCACGUUCCACUGGAGAACUUCCUGCAGACUCUGGAGUCGCCAGCCACCAGCAGUCAUCUAGCAGGUGAUGAAAGUGAGACAGAAGUGGAAGUCAACCUCUCUGAUUUCCCCUGGUUCCAUGGGACACUGUCACGGAUUAAAGCUGCCCAGCUGGUGCUCUUUGGGGGUACCAGGAGCCAUGGUCUGUUUGUCAUUCGGCAAAGUGAGACUCGCCCGGGCGAGUAUGUGCUGACCUUUAACUUCCAGGGGAAAGCAAAGCAUCUACGGCUCUCCCUGAAUGAGACCGGCCAGUGCCACGUCCAACACCUCUGGUUCCAGACCAUUUUCGACAUGCUGCGGCACUUCCACACCCACCCCAUCCCCCUGGAGUCCGGCGGUUCUGCUGACAUUACUCUCCGCAGCUACGUGGUGGCACAGAGCCCCCUGCCUGAUGGUGACAGCAACCUUCACCAGCUGCUGUCUUCUCACCCCAACCUCCUGCCACAGCAGAAAGCACCCUGUUUCACUAAGCUGGAAGCAUCUGUGGUGGACGUUGCUUGGUGGCCUGAGACUGGCCCCACCCAGGCCAUUGCUUCUCAGCAGCCCAGCUGCAGGCAUGACCUCCCAUCCCAACACUACUUCUCCAGCUUUGUGCCAGGCGCCUUCCAGCCUGCAUCUCCCUCAGAAGGUGCUAUUGCCUCUUCCUCCUCCUCUUCCUCCAGCCACCCAUUGUACCACCGGAUGGAGGGGACCUUGAACACCCGGAGCCGCAGCAACAGUGUUGAGCGCCUGCUGGAGUCGCCCAGUGUGAGCACAGAGGACUAUCAUGAGAGCGAAGGCUCGCGCAACAGGACCAGGGCGGUUGAAAAUCAAUAUUCUUUCUAUUGAACACUCGUGGACUGGAGUCAAAGCCUCUGUUUGGGGUUUUUUCCCAUGGAGACGCUGCUUGUGGGAAUGCUUAUGCUGUUAGCAAUGAGCCGGCCUCCUUGGCUCUCUCUCCAGUGUCUCCCCCACAGUGGAUGUUUACAUAUCGUCAAGGCCCAAAGCCUUGGGCCAGCCCCAUUCUGGACCUCCUCUCUGGUGUUCCCCUCGCCUUAGAGUCUGACUUGCCUCAACUGGGACUGUCAGAGUCUCCAGCUCCUUCUGCCACCAGCAAUAGACAGAGGCCAUUCUCUCCUUUUCUUGUGUGCGCUGAGAUAUGGAUGACAUGCAACCGCCAGCAACUGUGGAAGCUCACUGCUGCUGAAUCUCACCAUGUCGGAGACCCCUACCAAACACCUGCACUGCUUCAUUGUGCUUGAAACCUGGAUGGCUGAAGAUAUCAGUGCCAUUAUGGAGCCUGUUUUAGGGCCAUCAUUGCCCUCCAAGAGCUCUUGACUGCUUGUGCUGUAUGCCCCUUUCUUCCUGGCCAGGGUGGCUCCUCCACCAAUCCAACUGAGACAUUCCCCUUUCCAUUUGAGUCUAGUAACUGCAAUGAUUCUCCUGGAAUAGGACUUUAUGGCUUUGAUUUAUACUGCUCUUGCUUUGUGCUCUCUAUGGCUGAAGCACUUACAUGUGUCUCCAUGAUAGAUAGAGGGGGACGUGCUCCCACUGCAGCCUAGGUCACCUCAAACCAUUACUUCUCUUUGGGGAUGGUUACCUUGAAUUCUGCAAACAAACCAGUGCAGGGCAGUAAUGGCUUAAAGUGGCCUUGUGAGUGACACAACUCUCUGAGCCAACUAGCAGACAACACCCACCCACGCACACCUCAGAGCCGUGAUGGAAAGGCCUAGCUAGCCCCAGUCUAUUGCUAUGGUAGGAGUGUCCACUGCAGAUAACUUAACUGAAGAACUGACCCAUUCCUUUUCCUCCUUAGUUUUAAAAGUCUCAAGUCAUUUGCAAGGCAUGAUACUGUCAUCCUGCCCUUGCCAUCUCUUAGGGCAGUCAUCUUGAGGGCGCCACUGAGAAACACACCCCUGCUCACCCACCCCUGGUUGGCACAUGCCAAACCAGGGAAUGGGACAGUGAGGCUAUCUCACAGGAUGGAGAUGAAGAGCUCAAGAAUGAUAGUGGGGGCAUUCCCAGAGCAGCUUAAUUGCCUCAUUCCUGGGUUCAGUGCACACAGAGUAGGUGGCAGGGCCGCGCUUCUCUACAGCAUUCUCUAGAGCACCAUGGAAACAGUAUGGAUGUGUAUCCUUCACUAGCUUAAAUACAAGUGGCCUGUUGAUAUGGAAUUUCCCCUCAGUUCCUUUCAGGCCACUGAUGAUUUUUUUUUGCUGCUCUUUUGUGGACUCCCUCCAAGCUGGCCAGCAGUUUCCUGGUAACACCAGUGUGAGUGCCAGUGUGCAUGUGUCUCAUUCAUGUUUGUACACCCAUAUGGAAGUCCCUGGCUGCAUCCCAAUCCUAGCUCUUGGCUCUCCAUUCUACUCUCCUUGCUAGCAGGAGCCCACUCUAAGUGCUCUUUCUGAGUGAGGUGGCUGCUUCUAAAUUUCCCAGCUUUUAAGGACAAAUCUUUUUGUGGUUUUUUUGUUUGUUUGUUUGUUUGUUUGUUUGUUUUUUUAAAUCUCCUUAGCCCCAAAGUGGCAAGUGUAGCCACUAAUUUUGUGUACUUCAUUUAUUGUAUCCCCUACUGGCAACACCCCUGGAGCCUCAUUUUUGGAGGUAU